GCUACGAGCCAGCUUCCAAUAGAGUUCUUGUGGGCGGGGUGGAUUCAUCUGAGGUGAAUAUGAACAAUCCGUUUCUUAGUGGAGGCACCAUCGUCCAGGAUGCGACUGGCGUCGAUAAGGUAGGAGAUGAUAAGAGGACCAUGGAUGAACACGAAGGUAGCAGCAUGCUGAACGUCGUUCCCGAUAUUAAAGCGGCUCCUGCGACUGCCUUUGCCGUCGCGACGGUUGAAGUUGUACCUGGGAACACCCCAGUAGCCGCAACGCCGUGUGUGAGUUCCGGAGAAGAUACAAGUGCAGCUGUCGCGCGAAAAAAUAAUGUGGCUGACCCAUUUUCUGGUUCAACUACUAGUUCCGCAUCCGGUUUUACGACAGGGACAGGUUUCUUCAACACCGGUUUCGGCAACACCGGUUUCGGCAAUCCUAGUAGUAAGGCGGUUUGUACAAGAACUUCUUCUAGUACUACUACGAGUAGACUUCUACACAACAAUGGCCGCGACAAGCACAAGAAUCCUCCAACACAAGAUGAACCAGAGUUGUAUUCUAAAGUUUCACUUCGGAUGUACCUUAACGGGGAAGACUUGAGCAGAUUUAUCGGAAAGAGGGGGAGAAACAUCCAUCGGAUUCGGCAAGGAGCACGGAUUGACGUCCACACCGGCGAUCGAGAGCCCAGAGGACGCUGCAAACGCGACGAUUUUGAUUCAUCGAACAAUAGGAAUCAGCAUAAUAAAGUUAAGGAUUGAUAAUUCCCCUAAUUCAUCUUCAGAAGCAUCUUGGAGACAUAUGCCAGGGUGAAAAGAAAUGGUCUCAGGAUCAUUUUCGAGAUGGAUUAGUGUGCUCGUGCUGAGUUCUAAUAAAGUUGUAAGCUUCUGUGGGAAGAUCGGAGGUGUCAUUUCUGGACUUAAGAGCAUCAUCGAAACACAAACGAUGGCACUCUCGAUUCACGCAGAUGAUCACGAAGGAGGAGGAGGUGGAAGUUCGAAGAGUUGUCGUGCCAGGGGCGGUCAAGAAAAACCUUUUUUCCCAGCAGGAGAAGCCAGUCGUCACACUCACCCAGAACAAGGAGUAGGGCGUGGAGUACCACGGUUUUUCCAAGCAGGAGUCUCUUCGUCUGGAGAGACACCAAGAACUACGUCCAACUACUACGACGCGUCGGCAUCUCCGGCUGCAGCCUCGUCGAGGACACCUGCAGGAACAAACCGGAGCUCGCGAUUGAACUUUUCAUCUGAUAAGUAUGGUGGUGGAACGCGUAACGGGGACAGAUCUGUUGGCGGAGGUGGUACUACUACUAGCGAAGAUCUUCACUACCAGAGCAGGAGAGACAGUAGAAAAAGCACGCCUGCUGCAGGUUCAACUUCAAACUAUAUUGCUUUUAAGAACGCUAGAUGGGAUUCUCAGUAUCAUGUAGGUCGUCAACGGGAUCAACCGAACUACAUUGAGGAACAUCAUCACCAUCAGCAGUACCAGAAUAAGGUAGGAAGCCCACUGCUAGGGAGAGGC